AUGCCAACCCUACCAAGGUUUGUGGUGGUGACAUCAAACACCAACGGGAAAUACUUGCGCUACAUAGAUGAAGACAUCAAGAACGAAGUGCCAGCAGGGUAUCUCAAAUUCUCUGGACAAGAGGCAGGGAGCCAAUACGCGAAGUUUGAAGUGGAGAUGGCAAAGAGUAGCGGCAAUGAGGGGCUUGUCCACAUUAAGUGUUGUUACAACAACAAAUACUGGGCAAGGCGUAGCCCUAGCAGCUACUUGAUCGCUGCUGUGGCUGAUGAACCAGUGGAAGACAAAUCUAAGUACUCGUGUACCUUGUUCGAGCCGGUGUACAUAAAUGAUGAUUUCCUUGUCGGCGACGAUAAAAGCACAAACCAUAUACUGGUGCUCCGAUUCCGCUAUCCCGAACGUGAAGAGUACCUAACCAUUUAUCAGGGCAAUCAGCCCGGCCAAUAUGAGCCAGCGCUCCGCGGAGGCUUGUACGUAGGAGAUAAAGACCCUAACCCCAAGUUGUUCGAUGUGUUCACUGUCACCGAUUGGGAAUCGCUGUUCAUGAUGCUUCCCAAACAUGUGGCGUUCAAGGGCCAUAAUGGCAACUUGCUCGGCACCCGCUUGAACGAGGUCUUCGCCAGCGCCGAUGGAGGCCUCUCCUAUUCCUUGGGCAAAUUGUGGAGGCUGACCAAGGGCGAUUGGAUCUGCCUUGACGCAGAUAACUCAACCAGCAUCAAGAGAUUUUCCGUCACUGAUAAAGUUACAAGAGACGACUCAGAAGCAUACAACAAGGAGGUGAAAGAGCUUGGGGUCUCAAAGGAGAUCUAUAACGUCACUUUCCGCCUCGGGGACGCCAAGAUCUACAACAAGAAGGUUGUCGAAAUUGCCAUUGGAGAGGUGGUUAACCUUAUCCAAGAAACUCAAAUUCUCGAGAUGAAUCUCUCGUAUAAAAAACCUAGGAGCGGAAGCUUGAAGUCCAGCGUGUUCAAGUUGGACGUCCAAAGCAUCAUCGACGGUGAGGUUCCAGUCAUCGCAGACAACGGAAAGAUCGAGGUUGAUGAGUUUGCAGAAUCAGUGGAGAGGAGAAAAACCGGGGCAGCCACAAUAUUCACAUGUAGUGUGAACGAGGCUGCUGUUUAUAAGGUUGUGCUGACGGCAAUGGCUAUGGUGAAGGUGAGGCUUCUAGGGACCAAGGCUUCUUACGAUGUUCCCUUCUCCUAUACGGAGCGCGAAACUCUUGCUGACGGGAAAAUAAUUACCAACGACAUGGAUGACGGGGUUUACUGUGGCACCAAUACCUUCAACUUCAAGUUCGAGACCACAGAAGAAUAG